CUCACUCUCGAACAUUCGUCAAACGAACAGACAGUGUGUUACAGACUGUAUCUUCCACUGUAGUUGUUGUCACCGAUGACCAUCGCUGGACCAUGGGAUCCUCGUCCUACUUCCCUGCCCGCUCAGUGCUGUUCCGGAAGGAAGCGAAUGGAGUGACAUAUCGCGUUCCAGCUUUGAUCUUCCUGCCUCGUUCCUCCUGCUUUCUGGCCUUCUGUGAGGAGAGACUGAGCCCUGCUGACUCCCAGGCUCAUCUCCUGGUCGUGCGCAAGGGACACUUCUACAAGAACUAUGUGGAGUGGGAAGACAUGGAGGUACUGAGCACAGCCUGUCUGAAAGGCCAUCGCUCCAUGAAUCCAUGCCCAGUCUACGACGUCUUCACAGGAACACUCUUCCUCUUUUUCAUCGCUGUCUUGGGGCACACCACCGAGGCGUACCAGCUAAUAACGGGCAAGAACGUAACCAGGCUCUGCUAUGUUUCCAGUGAUGAUUGUGGAAAAACCUGGAGUCCUGCCGUGGACCUCACCAAGAAGGUCAUAGGAGACACAAUCAAAGAGUGGGCUACCUUUGCUCUUGGACCAGGCCAUGGCAUCCAAUUGAAGUCCGGUCGCCUGUUGAUCCCAGCCUAUGCCUACCACAUUGACUGCAAGGAGUGCUUCGGCAAGGUGUGCACCACCACUCCCCACUCCUUCUGCUUCUACAGCGACACGCAUGGGAGGGUGUGGCGAUUUGGGGAGGCAGUUCCAGGUCCUGAAUGUGUUGAGUGUCAAAUGGUGUCCAUAGACCAGGAGGAUGGGAACAACGUUUUGUACUGUAAUGCCCGUAGUACUCUCGGUUGCCGUGUGCAGGCCUUGAGCUUCGAUGAUGGAGCUGUGUUCCAGAAGGGUCAGUUGGUCCAAAAGCUUACCGAACCUCGGAACGGCUGCCACGGCAGUGUGGUUGGCUUCCCGGCCCCCUUGAACCUCCUCCAGAACUCCCCUACCCUUCUCAGGCGAGUAACGUCCGCUGUUGGCUCUUCAUCUGUUUUAGUCGAGAACUCUCCCCAGAACUUUCUGAUACCAACAUGGACGGUAUAUGGACACCCAUCUGGACCAGGUCGACGUGACCUAGGCCUGUACCUUAACAUCCAACCCCGAGACCCUGACUGCUGGACAGGGCCAUGGGUCAUCUACGAGGGUCCGAGUGCCUACUCGGACCUGGCCUACCUGGAUUUCCAGACUGAUGGGGCUCCACCACUCACUGCGUUUGCAUGUUUGUUUGAGAACGGCACAAGGACGGCCUACGACGAGAUUUCCUUCUGUAUUUUCACUUUGUUCGAGCUCAUUGACAACAUUCCUCGCAACAAACCACACCUCAGGGGUGUUGAGGCCUCAGGGGUAAAAGACAAGAGGAAGAGGAAGAAGAAGAGAGGAAUGUGUGAGCUCUGCAGAGUGUGUUAAUACUAUGUGAAAGCAUGGGAAAGCAGAAGAAUCUGAAGUAUUGCAAAGUUAUGUAAGCUUUUUACAGAGUAGAUUUCUUGGUAGUAUAUUGUAAUAUGUAUUUAUGUACGCCUAGUACUGUACUUUAUUAUCCUUCCAGAGUCCAGAGUCCACCAUAGAACAGCUGUUACUUGGAUGGUGGGUCAUUCUCAACACUGCGUUGAUAGGCACUGGCACAGUGGUGGUGUGUGUUGUGCUGGUACAUGCUGGUCAGACACAGCAGUGCUGAUGGAGUUUUUAAACACAUCAUUGAUUAUGAAGAAUGGUAAACAGUGAGUGGACACAGUGUUUAAAAACUCAAGAAGCACUGCUGUGUCUGACCAACACACCACCGCCAUGCCAGUACAUAUAAAUGCAGUGUUGAGAAUGACCCAUCACCCAAAUAUAACAUACCUACUCAGUGAUGGUCCUGUAGGGUCCUAAAGGGAAGAUAAUACAAUAUACUGAAGAAAAAAAACAGAUACAGGCCUACAGUCUGUAGUUUUAGAACUAUACAAGUGCUCUUAUAUGUUCAGUAGAGCUUGGGAAAUUUGAUAAUGGGUGUAGAAACAAGGAGGUGGUCAUAAUGUUAUGCUUGAUGUUAUACAUAGAGAAAGAGAUAGAGAGAGAAUAGAAUUAUUGUUAAUUAAAAGCUGUAAAAGUUGUGUUGACAUAAGUUUCCUUGCAAAAGCGGAGAAGCCAUUUUAUUGGCUGCAUCUAUUUAAUGUAGAGUUCCCCAGGGCUCAAUUCUAGGGCCCUUUUUUUAUUAACAGUGUAUAUGGUGUUUUUGGGGACUAUUGUUUAGUUUUAUUCCAUUGCUACAGUACGUCAGUAUAAUACAGUAUGAUUAUAACUAGAUCUAUGUACUUUUAAAGAAACUGGAUUUCACAUCAUUGAUUGCUCUGUUAAGUUGCCUUGAAUAUCGUCGCCGUCCAAUGAAAAACACUUAUCUCCAAAACAGCUACUUUACAGAGAGAGAAAAAACCUUGUACACUUUCAAUGGAAGUCAAUGUAAAAAGAGUUUAUUUAAGGUAAUUUUAAAGAGUUUCUUUUGGUCCGUUCAUCAAGAAAUGUAAGGAACAGUGUAAGGAACAGUUUUUCUGUUCAAAUUAUGUAGUAAACUAAAAAGUGACAAAAAUGGAGAUAAGUGUUUUUCAUUGGGCAGCGACGACAUACACUAUAAAGGUGUGGAUGAUAAUAUAGUUAGUUAAAAUUUGAAUUAUGCCAAGACAGAAAUAGUUUUAUUUACCUAAGAUAAAAUGAUCAAACUUUUAUCAGACUUUUAUACAGACUUUACAAAGUUUAUGUUCUGUUUUCCUGUUGUUUUUUGUGUUAUUAUUUAGAUUUCUUAUUGUUGUGUAGUUUAAUUAUUAACAUGUACAGCACUUUUAAAUGUGCACUAUAAAUAAAUUGACAUUGACACAACUGGCAUAAGUGUUCAUUUAGGUAUUACAGCACACACACAAGCAAAAAACACACUGUUUUCACAGAAAUGUAGUGUAUUUUUUUU